GGCGUAAGAGGGACUCACCUCUUAGGUGAGCACCCCUUACACCCUAAGAAGGUUCAUCGUGAACACCAUCAUCGUCCCUCCCUCCCACUGUCCUCCUCGUUGAUAUCGCCUAACAUUUAACACUACUCUACUCUAUAUCUUCGGUUCCCUCGCCCCCACACCCAUACAAGACUCCCCCACCAUUGCAGUUCCAGUCUAUCUCUUUUGCUUCUUCAAUAAUCAAUACAACAAUGGCUUCCUCCUUCACAGUUAACUGCCCAAAAACACUAGCUUCUUUCACUGCUCACCCUAACCCUAUCCAGAAUAACAAGCCGCGUAACAGCUCCCUUGUCCUCUUUCACUCGGAUUUCAAAUCCAAUCGUGCAUUGAUAGCCGGAUCAUCAUCGUCUCUUCUAGGAUUUCAGUCGUCUAAGAGGGGCCAAAAUGACAUUACAAGAGUAUCUGCCCAACUUAACCAGACUGCCCUCGAGAAAUCAUUAAAUUCCGCACCAGCUUCAAAGAAAUCAGAGGAAUCAACCGCAGUCCCUGAUGCUGCAUCAAUCACCGCGUUUAUGAAUCAAGUGGCAGAGCUUGUUCAGCUUGUGGAUUCGAGAGACAUAAUGGAGCUCGAGCUAAAACAACAAAACUGUGAGGUUGUCAUUAGAAAGAAGGAAGCUUUGCCUCAACCACCAGCUAGCCCUAUGGUUAUGAUGCAAUCACCACAACCUCAGGCUAUAUAUCAGUCACUACCACCUCCGCCACAGUCUGCACCCGCUUCUUCAGGGCCCGCUCCUUCUGCAUCUGCACCGGCAGCACCCUCACCUACCCCUGCAAAACUUAAGUCCUCUCAUCCUCCAUUGAAAUGCCCCAUGGCUGGAACAUUCUAUCGGUCUCCCGCCCCUGGAACUCCGCCAUUCGUCAAGGUUGGAGACAAGGUUCAGAAAGGCCAGGUUAUUUGCAUUAUCGAGGCCAUGAAGUUGAUGAAUGAGAUUGAGGCUGAUCAAUCGGGAACAAUAGUCGAUAUUCUUGCCGAGGAUGGGAAGCCUGUUAGCCUGGAUACGCCUCUACUUGUCAUUGAACCAUGAUGAGGAACAUGAAUUGGUCCGGUGAGGAGUCGAAAUACAAAACAAAUUGAGCGUUAGAGUUUUGUUUGUUGUUUAGUUUUUGUUAUGGGCUUCUUUCACUGUAAUUUUACCUUUUAUUAAUGGUUGUAAUUCUGUUUGAUCUGAGUGUAAUUGGGGCACCUUGUAUAACUUAACUAAAUAAUCUAGAUGAUCAUGUUGUUUUGAUAAGUUUUAUUUCA